AUGCUGAAUUGUAUCGAUUCUGUAGGACUUUCCACUUAUGAAAUUUUAUUAAUUACAGAUUCUCGAAAAAACGAUGAAGUAGAUGAGUUAGAACAGAUUUAUAAGCAAUACGAUAGAUUACUAAUCUUCGAAUCCUCGUUAAAAGAUCCUUGGACAGCAUUAUUAUCCGGAAUCCUUCACUGCAAUGGCCGAUAUAUUUUCUCAUUUUUUCCAUUUCAGGCCCUUUCUUUAACAGAUCUAACCAAAAUGUUUGAAAAGCUUCAAACUAUGCUUUCUCAAUCAAAUGAUCGCCGCGCAAUUGUAUGGGGAUUAUGGCCUACAACAGAUUCAUCAUACAAGUAUGUCAAUACGAAUUUAGGCAAAUUUAUCACCUGGGCUUGUAAUAAAAUAUAUAAGCUACAUAAUUUAGAUACUACAGCAUUAUCGCGUAGCAGAUGCCAACUGAUGACUAGAGAAGCUGCUUUAGAUAUUAUUCCAAAUGUUGUCACUGAUUUUGCAGCAGAUUGUGAAAUGUUAAUAAUUUCUGGGGAAUUAGAAGUUCCAUGUUCAUAUUUUCAUAACACUUUAGUUCUUGAAGAACGAGCAAACUUCAAAUCUAUAUAUAGAGUUGGAGAAUUAAUGAUAUUGCUAAUUUUAGAAGUCUUGGAUCUUGCUGGAUUCUAUAAUAUUAAUCAUUACUAUUUCCAAAAUUAUGCUGCACGUUCUAUCCUUUGA